AUGCGCGGAAAAGCAAGAGCAUGUUAUGCAUGCAAGAAGAAUGGCAGCCUAACCUGCAGAAGGAACAGGCUGGAGGAGCCCUGCAUGAAGACCCGUCUUUUAGAGUGUAUGGAGCUGCUGAAAAGGGCCAGAGCUGCCUUCCAAGCUGGCCGCGCAUUUGACGAGAGCUUCAGACAGGUCCAACUGGAAGCCCUGGUGCGCAUGCUGGUGGAACACGAGUGUGACUUUGUGGAUGCACUUGGGAGGGACCUCCAUAAGCCGCGGUUUGAGACGGUAGUGUCUGAACUGAUACUGGUGAAGAACGAGGCUCUUCAUGCCAUCAACAACCUCAAGAAGUGGAUGGAGCCACAACCGGUGGAGAGGAACCUGACCACCACGUUGGAUGAGUGCCUGGUGGUGUGUGAGCCACUAGGGGUGGUGCUGAUUGUGGGGACCUGGUGUAGCCCUGUUCAGCUCUGUCUGGUACCCCUGGUUGGGGCCAUUGCCGCAGGGAACUGUGUGAUCCUCAACCCCUCAGAAUGUAGUUCUCACACAUCGGAGCUGCUACACCACCUCAUACCGUCAUACCUGGACAAUGAAUGUUACCAUGUGACCCUUGCAGGGGUGAAUGACCUGGCUGAAAUAGUGGACCUCAAAUUUGAUCAUGUCUUCUUCACAGGAAACCGUGAGGACGGGGGUAGAGUGGCACAGGCAGCAGCCCGCACCCUCACACCCGUCACCCUGGUCUUGGGCGGUGGUAAGAACCCCUGCUACGUGGACCAGCAGUGUGACAUCCCCACCACGGCACGACGCAUCACCUGGGCCCGCUUCCAUAAUGCUGGGCAGAGUAUGGUAGCACCUGACUACGUCCUGUGCCAUGCCGAGGCCAAAGCACAGCUGCUCCAGGCCUUGCGCUGCUGCCUCCUGCAGUUCUAUGGUUCAGACCCCCAGGAGUCCAGGAGCUUUGGCCGCAUCGUGAACCUGGAGAACGUACACCGCACCACGGACCUGCUGCGGAGGUCUGGCAAGGUGGCUGUAGGAGGCCAAGUGAAUGAAGCAGAUAAAUACAUUGCACCAACCAUUCUGUGCGAUGUGAGCGACUCGGACCCUAUCAUGCAGCAGGAGGUUUUCGGACCCGUUCUGCCCAUUCUGACCGUCAACAGCAUAGAUGAGGCAAUCUCCUUCAUCAGUCGUCGAGAGAAGCCUCUCUGUGUGUACGCUUACUCUAGCAACAGCAAGGUAAUCUCGAGGCUAAUGAGUGAGACCUCAAGUGGGAGCUUCUGCUCCAAUGACAGUGUCCUGCAGAGCCUGAUGGUGGUCCUGCCUUUUGGGGGAGUAGGUGCCAGUGGGAUGGGUUCCUACCAUGGGCGCUACAGCUUUGACACCUUCUCGCACCGGAAAUCAUGCCUGCUCAGAAACAGUUCUAUCGAGUGUGUCACCUACCUGCGCUACCCACCAUAUGAGGAACGCAAUCUGUCACUUAUGACCUGGGCAAGUAGCCUUUCCCAGAAGAGCCAGGGCUGGUGCCAGAUACUGUAACUGUGUGCGAGUUGGAAGACUGAGACCUUUUUACAACACUAAGCCGGGCUGAGCUCUACUGUACUGGCUUGAUUACACAUCCACCAUAGUUAUUGAAACCAUGCUGAAAAUCCCAGAGUGAAAAGAGGAUAUCUGAACCUACAGUACAUUGAGGACCAGUUGUGAUAGUUCUCCAAUAUGACAAUAUAUUCAGCACAUUACAUUUCUGAUGUAGAACAUGAUGCUAAUGCAGUGACUAUGAUCAGCAAGUUUAUUUACUGCAGCAUGGCAUGAUAGCCCAUCAGUAUAAAUAUUGUAUCUAUGGGAUAUUUUAAGCUAUUC